UUAAAGUCUGGUGUACAGAAUGGAAAUGAACAGUUGCCGGACACAGAAGAAAUGAGCUACCAUCUGAUCAGAUAUUCUAAUAAGAGAUGGACUACAGAAAUGCCCAUAUUUUGUUUUGUUUUAAUCAUACCUACUUGUUGGUUGCAAAACACAUGGAAGUAAUCGUGGGUUGAAGAAAUACAGAAAAGGGAAGCAACUUUUUGAAGGUUCCAGUGUUUCUUUUGUUGAUCAGUUAAAAUGGAUUAAAAGGCUAUGUGGCCGUGUUCUAGAAGAGUUUAUUCCUGACGUUUCACUGGCAUCUAUGGCUGGCAUCUUCAGAGUGAAUGCUGGCAUGGAAGAAAAUCUAAGCCUGCUCAUUCUCAUUCCUUCAUUAAUGUGAUACCAGUUGUGUGAAUCAGCCCAUGGAGAGCCAGCAUCCUACAUGCAACGGUUUAGGGGGAGGAUCAGAAAUGGGAGGAGAAGGCUUUCAAGCUGUCCAGUGUGAAGCUAAGGCGGAUGAGGCUCCAAAAGAUGUUACCAUGAAACAGCCUUCCACAAAAAUCCAGCAAGAAAAUAAGGGCAACAAGGAUGCCACUGUUUCAUACCAAGCAGAGAUGGCCACAGAGGAAGAGGUCACGAUCCAGACCACUCCAAAUAUUAAUAAGAAACAGGAGUCCAGCUCUCUGGUUGCAGAAAGCGGGAGUUUCACCAAGAACCCAAAGGGAGGAAAGUGUCGGCAGAAAACUCGUCAUCUGGAUGAAGUUGAUGAAUCUUUUCCUUGGGGAGGAAAAAGAAAAGCCCCCGAUGAAGCUGUAGUCCCAUCAGAAGGUGACAUGCCAGAGAGAGAAAAUGAAGAAGGACUACAUGAGAAUGAAGGACUACAUGGAUUAUGUUCAAAAAGAAGGGCGCAGGAAGAAAUGGAAGACACAAAUGGGAAUCAUGAAAGCUCAAGGAAUCAAGACUGGACAAAGAAGAUGCCCUUUAAACAGCAAUUUGUCUCAUGGGGUGAAUGCUAUAUAUGUUCAGAGUGUGGAAGGACCUUCAACAAUCUACCAGACUUUCAGACACAUGAGACAAGCCACCUGGGGGCAAACUUGUACUGGUGUACAAAAUGCAGUAAGGGCUUCUCUUCUCUAGAGUUCUUUACAGAGCACCAGAGAAUCCAUGCAACAAAUCAGAACUAUAAAUCAAUGGAGGGCAAUUUCUUCAAAUCUUGGAUGAUGAAAUGUCUCCAGGAAGCCCAAGACAGGCAACAGGCCAGCAAUGCGAAAAACCAAAACCCAGAACAGACAGAGCUGUCCCACUCUCUUUCACAGCCCCCCAUCCAUUUGUCCUGUCCAUGCUCACCUGGUUUACGUAUUCCAGUGAUUCAGGGAAACAAACCACCCAUGUGCCCUUCUUGCCACUCCUCCCUCUUUGUGCCCAAAUCAGAUAAAUCCUCCCCCUCUUUGUACUUCCCGCCAACACAUAAAGCAACUGGAUCGGUUUCACCAGUUCUUUCUCCCAGCCAGAUAACUUCCCCCAAAAGGCAAUGGAUGAUGAGACAGAAAGUAGCCUCCUCCCAAGUUUUACCAAGACUGUCUUCCAAUGAGCCAUGGAAGAUGGGACAGAAAGUGCUCUCCACUCAGGUUUUGCCAGGACAAGAAGUGACCUCUGCCCACAGUUUGGCAGGACAGUGUGAAGAUAAGACAGACGAGGCUCCAAACAAUCCUACCACGAAACAGCCUUCCACAGAAAUCCAGCAAGAAAAUAAGGAAAACAAGGAUGCUACUGUUUCAAGUAAGGAGAAGGACCAAACAUUGAUGGCCACAGAGGAAGGGGUCACAAUCCAGACCACUCUGGAUGCUGAUAAGAUACAGAGGCCCAGCUCUCUGGUUGCAGAAAGCGGGAGUUGCACCGAGACCCCAAAGGGCAGAAAUUGUCAGCAGAAAACCUGUCAUCUGGGCAAAGCAGAUGAAUAUGCUCUUCAGGGAGGAAAAAGAAAAGCCAUUGAUGAAACAGUAGUCCUGACAGACAUGCCAGAGAGAGAGAAUGACAAAAGAGAACAUGGAUUGUGUUUGAAAAGAACGGCUCCAGAAGAAAUGAAAGACACAAGUGCGGAUAAAGACUGCUCAGGGAAACAAGAAAAUGAUUGGAUAAAGAAGCCCUUUGAAAAGGGAUUUAGCACAUCAGACAAAUGCUAUAUAUGUUCAGAGUGUGGAAAGUCUUUCAACAAUUUGCCAGAUUUUGAGACCCAUCAGAUAAGCCACCUGGGACCAUGUUUUUAUGGGUGUGCAGCAUGUGGGAAGAUCUUCCCUUCUCAAGCGACCCUUACAGAACAUCAGAGGAUCCAUACAACAAAUUGGAAUGAUAAACCAAUGGAGGGGGAUUUCUUUGUGCCCCAUUCAAACACAUAUUCACCCUCUUUGUACUUUCCACCAACACAUAAUCCAACUGGAUCGGUGUCUUCAUUUCUUUCUCCCAGCCAGAGACUCUCCUCAGAGGGGCAAGGGAUGAUGGGACAAAAAAUGGUCUCUACCCAGGCUUUACCCGGACAGGAAGUGACCUCUGCCCACAGUUUGCCAGAACAGUGUGAAGAUAAGGAGGAUGAGGCUCCAAACUAUCCUACCACGAAACAGCCUUCCACAGAAAUCCAGCAAGAAAAUAAGGAAAACAAGAAUGUCACUGUUUCGGGCGACGUGCCAGAGAGAGAGAAUGACAAAGGAGAACAUGGAUUGUGUUUGAAAAGAACGGCUCCAGAAGAAAUGAAAGACACAAGUGAGGGUCAAGACUUCUCAUGGAAGCAAGAAAAAGACUGGAUAAUGAAGCCCUUUGAAAAGGGAUUUAGCACGUCAGACAAAUGCUAUAUAUGUUCAGAGUGUGGAAAGUCCUUCAACAAUUUGCCAGACUUUGAGAUCCAUCAGACAACCCACCGGGGGCCAUGUUUUUAUGGGUGUGCAGCAUGUGGGAAGAUCUUCCAUUCUCAAGCGAACCUUACAGAACACCAGAUAAUCCAUACAGCAAAUCUGCCCUCUACAUCAAUGGAGGAGAAUUUCUUCAAACCUUGGAUGAUGAAGAGUCUCCAGGAAGUUCAAUACAGGCAACAGGCCAGCAAUGUGAAAAAUCAAAACCCAGAACGGACAGAGCUGCCCCACUCUCUUUCACAGCCCCCCAUCCAUUUGUCCUGUCCAUGCUCACCUGGUUUACGUAUUCCAGUGAUUCAGGGAAACAAACCACCCAUGUGCCCUUCUUGCCACUCCUCCCUCUUUGUGCCCAAAUCAGAUAUAUCCUCCCCCUCAUUGUACUUCCUACCAACAAAUAAAGCAACUGGAUCGGUUUCACCAGUUCUUUCUCCCAGCCAGAGACCCUACUCUGAGGGGCAAUGGAUGAUGGGACAAAAAGUGACCUCCUCCCAAGUUAUUCCAGGACCGUCCUCCAAUGAGCCAUGGAAGAUGGGACAGAUGGUCUCCACCCAGGUUUUAUCAGGACUCAAAGUGACCUCUGCCCACAGUUUGUCAGGACAGUUGGAGAGACUUGACAGCCCCUAUCCGACCCAUGGACCAGACUUUCCCCAAAGAAGUAGCAGCGUUUGGAAUUAUCCCUGUGUGGAGUCAGAUGAUGUGCAGGAGAAGAGAAAGAGUCAAGGAGAACUACAAAGGAUAUCACCAGAGAGUAAGAAUGAAAGUAAAGGGAAUUUCUACAGUCAAAACAGACUUGGGAGGCAGGAAGAAAAGAGAGGAGAGGGAUGGAGAGAAAAAUCUGUUGAAUCUCAAGAACUACAAACAGUUAAGACAAAUAAGAUGCUCCCUCAUCCUCACUGGAGAAUCUACACAGAGAAUCUCUUCCAUCAACCCUCAACAUCUGUGGAAAACAGUGUGAUUGGAGCCCCUGCCACGUUUCCAGCACUCAACACCAAGGCAAAUUUGUAUCCUUCUCUCUUACAUGGGGAAAGAUUUGGAAAGUCCUCCAUACUUGAAAUCCAUCAUCAAAUUCAUGAGGACACCUUGUCUUGCACAUGUGGAAAGGAGUUCAAGAAAUUUAAGUACCUUAAAGCGCAUCAGAAGAGACAUAUACAGGAGAGGGUCUUCCUAUGCUCGGUGUGUGGGAGAACUUUCAAUGAUAAAUACAGUUGUAAAACCCAUGAAAUACAGCAUGCCGUCUAGCUUUUUUGAGCCAUGAAGUGUGGAAAGAAAUAUUUGGAUGCAUGGCAGACCUUACAGUAUGUCAUAAAAUUUACAUAGGGGAGAGUCAGUGCUCAGAGUAUAGUGAGAAUUUAGAUGAUGAUUUAGAUCUUUUGACACAAGGAGAUAUAUAGGAAGAGAGAGGCCUUCAAGGCUUCCAAUGUACUGGCCCCUUCACUCUCUGCACAGAGGAUACUCACAGAGGCCACAUCACUCUUUGACCCUUCUAGAGUAGUAGACAGACCAGUGGUGGAGAUCCUUGAGUCUCCUUUUAGAGAUUUUGGCUUGCAAUUUCCAUAAUCCUUUGAUACUGGCCAUACUGGCUGGGCCUUCUGGGAGUUGCAGACUAAAGCUUACCAAGGGGGAAAAGCUCUCUCAUCCACGGAUGGAGGUGAUCAAGGUUGGCUUUUGAGACAUCACAGGUUCAUGCCUGAAGUUAGGUCUUUUUUAGAGAACGCAAAAUGAGGACUUCCCACCCACUGGUUCUGUGAUUCAUUAACUGAGUUACUUUUACAUAUCUGUGGAGUGUUUUUAGCAAAUGGAUGUGGUUUUUAAACAUAUUUAUGAAAACUGAGUUUGGGAGGAACUGGAUAAUUUGACUCUCUUGCCUAGUUGCACCUGGGUUUGGUUGGGUUUGGAGGGGUUGUCCUGUAUCAUUAAUGGUUGGGGUUGCAAGCAUUUUAGCAGAUCUUGUCAUGCAGCCAGGUCUCAAGCCACCCUUGCUGAAAUUUCCUCUUCUGCACAACCAUCAAAGGGACAAGAGGCUUCUCCAGUUUUCACUCUGGCAAUGCUACGCAACGCAAGUGAUAGCUGAAGAGCUGAGAUCCAACCAGUGAGACAUGGAGGCAGGAGAGAAAAUGAACAGCUUCAGUGGUUUUUCCAUGUCUCUGCAUUUUAAAUGGAUAUGUUGA